AUGGCCUUACAGAUUCCCUUCCCCUCUCCACCUCAACACAAGAAAACUCCAAACACAACAACAGGCACGUGGUGGUAUGCUAGGACUGCGAGGACUGCGCAGAGCCCGAUGUACUGCGGGUUGAAUGACGCGCUACGUGUAAAGGAAGCAGGGUCCGGUUCGUCCCGCGAAUCACGUGCACUCCUUCUUGCACUCCUCUCGAAUCCAUCCUUCUCAACGUUCAACCAAUUCGCAAGACGUUCCCAGCCCGUGCUUAUUGAAUAG